AUGGAAGUCACCUUUGAUCCCAACUCCAAUGCAUUUGAUCUUGGAAAAGAACAACAGCAGCCCGAGAAGAAAGAUAACUUUAUUAAACGUCUACGUCAAAAGAGUGUAUCUUCAGGAACAAACAAUUGUAAUAACAAUACCAUUAACAAUACACCAACUAGUAAUAACAACAAUUCACCAGAUUCAAGAAGAGAUUCAUUUAGUUCACCUUAUCCACCAAGUUUCAAUCUCAAUAGCAACGUUAUGAAUACACCAAAUUCAUCGUCAUCGUUCUCUUUAUAUUCUAAAUUUUAA